AUGGGCCCCUGUACCGCCUCCUCAUGCUGCUGCCAGGCCCGUAAUCUGCCAUGGGCCCCCGUACCGCCUCCUCAUGCUGCUGCCAGGCCCGUAAUCUGUCAUGGGCCCCUGUACCGCCUCCUCAUGCUGCUGCCAGGUCCAGAGUGUCUCAUGGGUCCCUGUACGGCCUCCCAUUGCUGCUGUCUCCAUCGCCACACUCUGCCAUGUGCCACUUUCAGGUCUCCUCACACUGCUGGUGGGUUCCAUUUUGUCAUAGGGUGCUGUAUGGCCUCCCAUUGCUGCUGCCUCCACCGCCACACUGUGGCUCCACACUCUGGUUUUGGCCCCGUGACUGCCCAAAUGAGUGAAGUGUGCGGUGAUUCUAAGAUCGACGGCACUCAUCUGCAUGUCAUACUGACUGACAGUAUUAUUUAUCUUCCCCAGCUUCGACUCGAAUCGAAUUUA